AUGAAGGUCUUGGCUAUCACAGUGCUAGCCCUGGCUGCUGGCGAAGUACCCAACCUUCGAGGAACCCCCUCUGAGGCAUCUGAGAAGCCUGAUGACCAUGCUGUGGAAGAGCCUUCCAUGGUUGCCUUGGAGAGUGUGGGUGUUGCAGGCGCCACUUGUGAGAAGUGGGUGACCUGCAAGGAUGGUUUCUUCGGCAACAUCCGUUGCAGUGGUUCUCGCUACUGUGAAGUUUGGGGUCCCGCACCAGUGCCACAUGGCGCAACCUGCAAGAAGUGGGUGAUGGUUUCUUCGGCAACAUCCGUUGCAGCGGUUCUCGCUACUGUGAAGUUUGGGGUCCCGCACCAGUGCCACAUGGCGCAACCUGCAAGAAGUGGGUGA